CACUCUAAUCAUUCAUCUCCUUCCUCUACAAUUACCUCCCGAACACUUUCACUUCGUGACAGUGAUAGAAUACUUCACGCUUUCCGAAUCCGCAAAGAAACUUCGCUUUCUUGCCCUCUGAAUCUCUUACCAAUUCUCAACCUGAGUCUGUGGUGAUGUCGGAGAAUCCCUUCGAAGCCAUACGCAAGGCCUGCGACUCAAUUGGCCACUGCUUCCAAACCCAUCUCGCCAAAGUCGCUUCCGUCGCCGGUAGCUCUAAAGCUUCGAUGUUUUCCUUCCUCACCGAAUUAAAACCAGGAGCUGUCAAUGACGCUGCUCUGCUUCCUUCUACG